UGCAGCUUCUCAACCAUCCCAGCCCGGCCCCGCCGCUCCCGACGCGCGGAGCCCCGAGCGCCGCCCCACCGGCACCGCGCUCGCCUCCGCUCCGUUCCCUGCCCGGAGUCGGCGAGAGCCCGAGCAGCGGCGGCGCAGGGCUCCGGGCCGGGGCGGAGCUGGCGGCGUUGGGAGGAGGCGGCACGGCCGCAGCAGAGCCGGGGCUGAGGGGCACAGCGAGGCUCGGCCGGCGGAGCGGCGGCAUGCGGCGGUGUCGGGGCGCGGGGCUGGCGGCGCUGGCCGCGGUGCUGCUGCUCGUGGCUGCGGUCAGAGCCCAAGUGCAGCAGGAUCCAUUCCUGGAGACCACCGAGGGCACCAGCAUCACCAUCAAGUGCUCACACCCCAAUAUCCGGACCGGCGAUUUUGUCUACUUCUUGCGUCAGCGGCCGGGUCAAGCGCCCGAACUCCUGGGGGUCAGUGCUAAAGGCUCCAAAGAGCUGCCAGCCAUUGACGGCCGCCUGUGGGUGUCGGCAGACCGGCGCUGGAGCGCGCUGCGGCUCGGUGGGCCCCGGCGCGGGGACGCGGCCGUGUAUUACUGCGCGCUGGGCCCACGGGCAGAGGAGCCGGGGCUGCGGCCGGGCACGAACCGCCGCGGGCGGGGCCGGGCGGGGCCAGCAGGGGGCGCUGCCGCUCCGCCCGCCGGGGCCGCCUCGCCCCGCUCGGCCCGGGACCCCGGGGCGCUGCCGGCACCGGCACCGGCAAUGGGACCGGCACCGGCAAUGGGACCGGCACCGGCUGGGACCGGCACUGGCACCGGCACCGACACCGGCAAUGGGACCGGCAAUGGGACCGGCACCGGCACCGGCAGUGGGACCGGCACUGGCACCGGCACCGGCAAUGGGACCGGCACCGGCAUAGACACCAGUAUUGACAUUGACACCAGUAACCAUUGA